AUGGCUGGACUGAAUGCGGAUAGCUUCGAGCGCGCUCUCAGAAAGUUCAAGCAGAACCUAUCACCUUCUCUCGUCCGCAAAUUUUCUAUCUGCAAACUUGAGGAUGUCAAGCAGACAAUACGUGAUAUACAAGAUCAGCAGGGAAAAGCCGGCCGCCUGCGUAACAUGCGACGGCUUGACGAAUUUAUUGAAGCAAUGAAUCAAUUUGGUGGGGUUAUUGAUGUCUUUGUCAAUGCUAACCAGUUUGUCUGCUUUGUCUGGAAUCUACGUCCACUACAGAUCGCGAAGACUCACCUCGACUCCUUCGACAAGCUACUUGAUGUGUAUGGUCAAAUCGGAGCUGCUAUACCUGGCCUUUUGCAACACAGAGCCACCUUUGAAAAUCAUCCAACUCUGGCCACGGUGCUUGAGGAUUACUAUUCGGACAUCUUGAGGUUUCACCAAGAGGCACUUUCCGUAUUCGAGAGACCAAAGUGGAAGAUGAUGUUCCAUGCGACUUGGAAAACCUUCGAAACAAAAUUUAAUCCCAUACUUCAAAGCCUCACAAUGCGCAGGGAGUUGCUAGAAGCUGAAAAAUCAUCGGCUACUCUCUACGAGGUUAGGAAAGUCCGCGAAGAUAUCGAGACCAUGUGUCAAGAGCAGAGACGCCUCGCAUCAGCCACUGAGAAAGAAAAGCAUAAACUCCGCGUAUCAGAAGUCAGGUCCAAAUUGCAAGCCGUAGAUUAUUAUUUUGACCAACAGAUCCACACAGAGGACAGGUAUAGUAAAGCAUCGGGGAAAUGGAUAUUUGAAGAACCACGAUUCAGGUCCUGGUUCGAUGCAGACUCCCCAGGCCAUGGUGUAUUAUACGUCAAUGGGAUACCAGGCGCAGGCAAAACAACUUUGAUGUCACAUGUUAUCGAAGAACUACUGCAGCAGGCGAGCAUCAGUCACAGGCAAACAUGCUCUACAUAUUUUUUUUUCAAGCACGAUCAACCGGAGAAGAACACGCACAACAGCCUGUUAAGGGCUACCCUGGACCAGCUCAUUAACCAUGACUCGGCGGUGUCUGACUUGUUCAUUGAAGAAGCUGCAAAACUUGCGGAUGUGAACUUUCGAUCUACUGCAAGUCUCGAAACUCUGGUGAAAAGGGGCUUUGAGUGCUACCAUACCUCUUACUUGAUACUGGACGGCCUGGAUGAGUGCAGCAAGGGAGAGACAGAGAAGUCCGUCCAGUGGCUGCUGUCACUUACCAAGGGCGGUCUAGACGCCUCGACUAACCGACUACGCAUCAUAUUUGCCGGCCAAAGGGAUGGUAUUCUUGACAGACUACUCGAUUCCCAGCCUUCAAUUUCUCUGGAAUAUCUGGACGCGCACGCUGAAGAUAUUCGUCAAUAUUGUCUUGAGUUUUGCGAGCGAAUACAAGAAAAGUUCAAAGACUCGUCUCUCAAGCAGACGAUUAUUGAACUUGUCACUGAAGGAGCGAAGGGCAUGUUCCUCUAUGCUCAUGUGGUUCUGGAGAAUCUUCUGCAUCAGACAAGGCUUACACAGCUCAGACGCGAGUUGCAACCUGGCAUAUUUCCUGAAGAAAUCGAGAGGGCAUAUGAGAGAGUGGUUGUCCGAGUCCUCGAGCAGGCAUCGAAGGCGGAAAGGAACGACGCGCAAAAGGUGUUGGGCUUGGUCAUCGGUGCCAAGCGGAUUCUUGCGUGGAGGGAAAUACAAGCCUUCUACUGCAUCGAACCUGCAACGGGGGCUGUUAGUCUCGAUGAGCGGUUGCUUGUCAGCUGCAAACAACUCUGUGGUUCUCUAUUAGACGUGCAUCAGGUUGAUGGCAACCCUGGAAGUCCUGACAAUGUCGUGCAAAUUGUCCAUGAAACCGCUCGACACUUCCUCAUCAUGCGGAAGGUGAUAAAUGUGAGCCUUGAGAACGCAAGGCUUUCGUUAUUCUGCACUCAGUAUCUUACCUCCGAACCGUUCCAGCCAGGGAUCGGGGGCCGACAGAUCAGGUCUCACGCAGGGAACGGAUCUUAUUCCCUUCAAGACUACGCUGUCCAGUUUUGGUUCCAACAUCUCCUUGAAUGUGUUGGAUCUCAAAGUCAAUGGGAGUCAACUCUGGGGCCAACACCAGUCGACUCAGCACGAACAUUCCUGAUGUCUUACGGCAUUUCAGACGCCUUCUUGACAAGUCUUGAGAAUCCAAGCCAUACCGAAACGGUCAAGGCAAUACAAAGGCUCCCAUCUGACAGUCGAGAGCGUAACUCGUGUCUGAAUAUCGAGCUGCGGACAACAGUGAUACGCCGUGAGAUUGAGGAACUCCAGCGCGACCCUGAAUCAACUGAAGAUAGGAAUCUUCCCAGGGGCCUCUGUGGUACGAGGAUAACAUACAAAUGCUCCAAACCAUGGUGCGAAUACUUUCGAUCGGGUUUCAAUACUAGUGAAGAGCAGAAAAGACACAUCAGCCGUCACGAGCUCCCAUUCUACUGUUCUGAAGACUGCUUCGCGUCGGGAUUAGGCUUUGACUCCGCUUCAAAGCUCGAGUCACAUCGGAGGAACUAUCACUCCGAAAAGACUGAUCAGAUUCGCUUUCCGAAACUGAAAUCGAGAAUAAAAUCCAGUCUUUGCUCGGCUGCUCGACAAGGAGAUCUGGCUACCGUGAUCGAGCUUCUCGACGCGGGAGCAGACAUCGAUCAAACCUCCAGGAAUCAUGGCGGUUGCUCACCUUUACAACUAGCCGCCUCGGAAGGUCAUUUUGAGAUUAUUAGGGUUCUAAUAUCUCGGGGCGCCCACAUCAACUUCCAAGGGCAGCACAAAUAUGAUUCACAGACUGCCCUUCACAGAGCCGCUGGCAGUGGACAUUUGGAGAUUGUCAACUUACUCCUCUCGCAAGAUACAAUAUUCCCAGAUUUGAAAGACGUGAACGAUAAGACGCCUUUUCUCUGCGCGAUCUCCGAGAACAGACUCGACGUGGUCCAGCUGAUGCUUGACUGUAAAAUCGUCAAUGUUGAUCUCAAAUCUGCUCAGGGGGGGCCUCUCUGGUGGGCUUGUUGGAACGGAAAUACGAACCUUGUUCAGUACCUCUUGCAGAAGGGAUUCGACAAAGUUGAUGAUGUUUCUACUCUUUUGGAACUGCUUAUUAACAACCACGAGAAAGAUUCCACGCAGGAAAUCUUGGAGAUUCUUCUCUCAGCCGGGAAUCUGGAGAUAACGGACCAAUCACGUGUCUCAGCGGCCUUGGAGUGCAGAAGCAUACCACUCACCCGGAAGGUGCUUUCACACCCAAAGCUAGACAUAGGUUUGUCCGUUCUGAAGGCGGUAUCGAGGAGAGUGAGGAAAUUAGGCUCCCAAGAGAUGGACAUACUCAUCAGAAAAAGGUUACGGCAGCGGGCCGAUGUGAGUAUACCGACCCUUGACACAAGAACAAUGAUCAAACACUGCGACUUCUUGGGAAUUGACGAGGUGUGCCGAACAGAUUGA